AUGGGCAAGCGCGAAAAAGAUGUUAUUCUGAUUCUUGCUCUUGGGAAUUACACAUUGGACACUCUGUGUUUAUGUCUGAAUUAUGCGCCCCGAGUCUUGAGAUAUUUUGGUCGUUCCGGUGACGAUGUUGGACUGUCUCCUGGUGGUGUUCGCGAUGGUGCUGAUGGUGUUCGCGAUGGUGGUGCUGAUCGUGUUCGCGAUGGCGGUGCUGGUGGUGUUCGCGAUGGCGGUGCUGGUGGUGUUCGCGAUGGCGGUGCUGGUGGUGUUCGCGUUGAUGGUGUUCGCGAUGGCGGAGCUGGUGGUGUUCGCGUUGAUGGUGUUCGCGACGAUGCUGAUGGUGUUCGCGAUGGCGGUGCUGGUGGUGUUCGCGACGGUGCUGAUGGUGUUCGCAAUGGCGGUGCUGGUGGUGUUCGCGUUGAUGGUGUUCGCAGUGGUGCUGAUGGUGUUCGCGAUAGUGUUCGUGUUGAUUGUUUAUCAUCAUCUAUGUUUCCUUUCUGUAUUUCUUCUUCUUCAUCACCAUCAAAAGUUUCUUCCGGUACAUCAGCAUCAUAA